AUGACAGUUCAGAUGACCGUUCAGAUGACAGUUCAGAUGACCGUUCAAAUGACCGUUCAGAUGACCGUUCAGAUGACCGUUCAGAUGACAGUUCAGAUGACAGUUCAGAUGACCGUUCAGAUGACCGUUCAGAUGACCGUUCAGAUGACAGUUCAGAUGACAGUUCAGAUGACCGUUCAGAUGACCGUUCAGAUGACCGUUCAAAUGACCGUUCAAAUGACCGUUCAAAAUGACCGUUCAGAUGACCGUUCAGAUGACCGUUCAGAUGACAGUUCAGAUGACAGUUCAGAUGACCGUUCAGAUGACCGUUCAGAUGACCGUUCAGAUGAGAGUUCAGAUGACAGUUCAGAUGACCGUUCAGAUGACCGUUCAGAUGACCGUUCAGAUGACCGUUCAGAUGACCGUUCAGAUGACAGUUCAGAUGACAGUUCAGAUGACCGUUCAAAUGACCGUUCAGAUGACAGUUCAGAUGACAGUUCAGAUGACCGUUCAGAUGACAGUUCAGAUGACAGUUCAGAUGACCGUUCAAAUGACCGUUCAGAUGACAGUUCAGAUGACAGUUCAGAUGACCGUUCAGAUGACCGUUCAGAUGACAGUUCAGAUGACCGUUCAAAUGACCGUUCAGAUGACAGUUCAGAUGACAGUUCAGAUGACCGUUCAGAUGACCGUUCAGAUGACAGUUCAGAUGACAGUUCAGAUGACCGUUCAGAUGACCGUUCAGAUGACCGUUCAGAUGACAGUUCAGAUGACAGUUCAGAUGACCGUUCAGAUGACCGUUCAGAUGACCGUUCAGAUGACAGUUCAGAUGACCGUUCAGAUGACCGUUCAGAUGACCGUUCAGAUGACAGUUCAGAUGACAGUUCAGAUGACAGUUCAGAUGACCGUUCAGAUGACCGUUCAGAUGACCGUUCAGAUGACCGUUCAGAUGACAGUUCAGAUGACAGUUCAGAUGACCGUUCAGAUGACAGUUCAGAUGACAGUUCAGAUGACCGUUCAGAUGACCGUUCAGAUGACCGUUCAGAUGACCGUUCAGAUGACAGUUCAGAUGACAGUUCAGAUGACCGUUCAGAUGACAGUUCAGAUGACAGUUCAGAUGACAGUUCAGAUGACCGUUCAGAUGACCGUUCAGAUGACAGUUCAGAUGACCGUUCAGAUGACCGUUCAGAUGACCGUUCAGAUGACAGUUCAGAUGACAGUUCAGAUGACAGUUCAGAUGACAGUUCAGAUGACAGUUCAGAUGACCGUUCAGAUGACCGUUCAAAUGACCGUUCAGAUGACAGUUCAGAUGACAGUUCAGAUGACCGUUCAGAUGACCGUUCAGAUGACAGUUCAGAUGACAGUUCAGAUGACCGUUCAGAUGACCGUUCAGAUGACCGUUCAGAUGACAGUUCAGAUGACAGUUCAGAUGACCGUUCAGAUGACAGUUCAGAUGACCGUUCAGAUGACCGUUCAGAUGACCGUUCAGAUGACAGUUCAGAUGACAGUUCAGAUGACAGAUGA